AUGUACUCCCUCUUGACGGGUCUGUAUCGAGACUACAGCAGCGUCCAGACGCGUUGCGUCUUGCUUCUAGGUCCAUCUCAAUCCGGCAAGACUGUGCUAUUGACGCGUAUCAAGGCCUACUCGCAAGCUGAACGAGCGGGAAGCCUCAACAGCGGUGUCAAGGUCAGAGGCAUCGCACCCACCGUGGGUCAGAACGUGCACACCUUUCAACCGGCCUCUUCGCGCAUACAAUUGCGUUUCUGGGAUCUAGGCGGCUCCAAAGCUCUUCGAGCCAUUUGGCCACGCUACUUCAAAGAGACGCACGUGAUCGUAUGGAAUGUGGACAUUGCGUAUUGGAUAGACUCCAGCGAUGCGGGCGAGGUGUUUGGCGAGUCGCAGUCGAGGCUAGAGGAGGCAGAGCCAAGUGCGGAGAAGGUUCGGAAGGUGCAGGAGAAGGAGCAGGAGCGAGAAAGGGAAGAUGAAGAGAAGGAAGAGGGAAAAAGAGACGCAAAGCAGGCUCUCGGUAAGUCUCCGCCUUGCGCUUGGAUUGCACUGCACUGAGCUGCGCUGCACGCAUCUCUUGCGCUUCUCAGCUGACCCUUUUCAUUUGGUACGUGCGCCUCACACGCACGUUGCUGCAGAACCAAUCUUGCGCGACG